AUGAUGUUGACGCUACCUCCAGAAAUGCUGGAAGCGGUGUUUGACAGCGUAGACGAUAAGCAAGUACUGCUGAAUGUCCUGGUCGCUUCACGACAGUUCCUCCAGUUGGCCGAACGUUUCCUCUACGCGCGGAUCGUCUUUCCACCGUCGUUUCUGAAGUCAACAACGAUGAAGCUCAGAAGGCUCCACGAAGCGCUCGAGGCGUCGGAUCGGCGAAGAGCAUCCUAUGUACGAACACUCUCGCUUACAGCUCAGGGAAAUGAGGACCGUAUCCUCAUCGUCGAACUUCUGAUGAAGACGGUCAACUUGAAGGACCUCCGGCUCACUAUAUCCCCCCUUUUGAUUUCGCGAUUCUUCCGCCAGAGCUUCCCAUUCGCCCUCACGAGUCUUCAUAUUGCAUCGAGCCGGACGGUACGCACAAUGAGCUAUAGCUCCUUGUACCCAGACCUGCUGCAUUUCUUGGAGUUACAAACAUCGCUUGAAAUGUUACACCUUUCCCACAUCAACUUGAACAUGGACGUUGAAUUCCCCCCCGCAUCAUUUCCCAACCUCAAGACCCUGAUCCUCGACUCUGUUCGAGUCCAUCCCUUCGCCGACACCGCCGCCUGCAUCACACAUCUGUGCAUGACUGGCGUGCGCAAUUCCGCCCACGCAGACAACCGUUGUAUGGAGUCUGUGCGCACACUCUCAUGUCCAACAACGCAUUCGGCGAGGUCAAUGGCAUCGUGGCUUCCUAAUCUUGAGUGGUUGGAGUUUUGGGGUCCGAUCAGUACGUCGACCCUCAAGAACUGGCAUCCCGGAAACCACUGCCGACCCCGCGGCAUUCGUUUGCCCCAGUUUACGUCGGGACCUCUGCAUGAAUUCCGUGCAGCAUUUGAUGAUAUCCCGACUCUCGAGUUCGUGGAAUACGGCAAUAGGGGCAGCACUCUGCUUAGACGGCGGUACCGUGAUGCGACCGCCCCGGUGGCAUUCCCAUCCCUUCCGAAGCUCGCGACGAUACCCCCGCCGUCGCUCCAGUUUGAUACCCACUUCCUGCGGGACGAGCUGGACCUAUUCGUUCCCAUAAUACGCGGCUAUCGCACAGAAACGGAGCACCGGCGGCCUUGCGUCGAAACUGCGCCUUCGUCACCAGAAAUAUACCCCCAGACACCGCCGUCUUGCAGCUGGCCGGAUCCGCCCUCGCCCUGUUUCCAGAAUGCGUGCCUAUUCGACUUCGCGCCUGAGCUCGGGGCUGGUGAUGGCGUUGUUUAUAUAUGUGAUAUCGUUCGAGGUGAUGGGAUGAAGGCUCCUACGAGAACUGUGCUGAGUCACUCUGAGUCGAAACCGGUGAUCGAAGCUCAGGCUUUACCGACACCACAACCCCGGAUACCGAAGACGAUAGGAAGUCGCAAAUGGAGAUAUGAACAAAGGCGGGCCCAACGAGUGAUGGAGGAGGAAGGCACUAUCACAGCAACAGCGAGGACACCACUAGAUUCGAGCUCACCCAUCCCGAUCGUUGGUUCAUCUGCGACUGUAGCUUCAGAAAUGAAGAACAAACCUACUGCGCCAAAUAGACAUACGCAAGCUCGAGUUGAAUAUCGAGAAAGAUCACACUCUGGAGCCAAGACAGCCGUCCUAAAUCCAGCCUUAUCAGAAAGUAGCUUUGCUCUAUCGUUUGCCCGCUAG